AUGAUUGAAGAACAGGAAAAUGCAAAUAAAGAAGCAGUGGUGAACAAGCAAGCCGAAAGGACAUCUGGUCGCUCUCAUAAAAGUUCAGAAACUCAGGUCAACCUACAGACCUUUGCUCAAGAGACAUCAAAACAGCUUCAGGGUCUACCGCCUGUUCCACCUGCAAAACAAGAAAAAAGGAGUCAAGCGUCAUCUUCGUCACAGAGUAGGUCUAUUCUUCAUAAAUUAUUCGCUAAAGGGAACCAUGACCUCGAACUUGGUACCAAGGUGGAUGAGAUCAAGAAGCCAAAGAUGAAAGUGCGCGUGGAACCCAAGGUCUUUUUUGCAAAUGAACGUACCUUCAUCUCAUGGUUACAGUUUUGCGCUUUGCUUUUGACUGUUGCUUUAAACUUGUUAAAUUUUGGUGAUAUGGUAUCACGUAUUGUUGGUGGUAUCUUUAUUGGACUGGCUGCAGGAAUUGCCAUCUAUGCACUGUAUCGAUUUGAAAAACGAGCCUGGAUGAUCAAUCAUCGUAUCGAUGGACGUUAUGAUGAUCUUUGGGGUCCGGCACUACUCUGUUUACUUUUAGUGAUUGCUCUCAUUGUAAGUUAUUCAUGA